UCCUUCCCAUCCCUCUAUCCUUCGCUUCACCACUUUUAAGACCUCCUCGGGGGACAUCUGAUGCACAUCAGGACACUUUUAAGCAGCCACUGUGUAAAGCCACAGAUCUGAUAUGUUGAUUAGAUCUGGGCUCACAAGAUUUAGGCUCUAGAUCUUUAGACCUGAAGAAAGGGACUUAGAGUUUCCACCUGAUGAAAUCCUGGACUAUGAGGGUGAGCCGCGUGCUGCAGCUGUCUGUUUUGCUGGUGGGACUGUGCCAGGCCCACCCUACCCCUCCACCAGGUGAUCCCCCCACAUCGCAGGAGGUAGGUGAGGUCCCCACGUCCCAGCUGAGGAUGCUGUCGCUGGGACUGGCUCACCUGCUGCAGGGGGUGGAGGAGAAUGCCAAGCGGCUGGAGCAGCAGGGAGAGCAGGUUGCAGCAGAGCUGGACGGGGCCACAAAGAGUCUGGAGAGCCUUCGAAAGCAGAGUUUACAGGUCGGACGCACUCACAGGCAGGUGAGGAAGGACCAGCAGAUACUGAGAGCCAGGGGGGACAGGCUGUGGAAGGCGGCCAAAGAUCUGCAGAGGGGGCUGGAGGAUCUGCAGACGGAGCAGGGAGCCACGCAGCACCAGAUGAACCGGAUCCUCCAGAGGAUGAAGAGCCUGACCGAGCCGAGGCCCGGGGGUCAAACUCUGCUCGACGCCAGCGCCGUGAAGGCUAUCAUUGAUAUGCAGGCCCGACGGCUCGCCAGUCUGACCUCAGAGGUUUCAGCCCGAGACAGACUGAUCGACAGGCGCCUGCAGCACAUUGACCACCUGGAGAAGCAGGUGUCUGGGAGGCUCCCUGCAGCACCGAGGGCAGAUCCUGAGUCCGGCUGCGUCUGAUGAGCGCAGCUGCAUCAACACAGCCACUCUGAGGCGGUCCACUCUCAGUGAGAAUGACACUGUAAAGCUUACAGAGUGAUCUGUACUAAAACUCACCAAAUGAUGUGCCACGAUCGACAAAAGCGUGUCCAGCUUUACACCGAAUGUAUCAUCAGGCUGUGCUGAAAACUAUCGUCUGACCUCUGUUUGGCAAUGGUUCAGGAAGAAAACUGUCCUCUGCUUGAGUCACCAUGUUGUGGCUCUGACUUCCACAAUAUUGUGGUUGACGGCGGUGCUUCAACACGUCGUGAAGAUUCUUUGCUCGUGCACACCCGAAUAAACAGACGCACACUGAAGUCAGAGGAACCUUCAGACGAUCAACACGCACAGCUGAGUUCC